AUGGCGGAGAGCUACCGCCUGGCCAUGGAGAAUCCCGAGCUGGGCAGCGCCGUUGGCUUCAGUGGCUAUCGCAUGAGCAGAUUUCUUCAUAUCUGCGAAUCCGCGGAUGACUUGGUGAUGCAAUCGCAGAUGCAACGAGAGCUGGGACGUCGCACAGGCACUUGUUUCCAGCGCUGCGUUGGUCAAGACGCUUCCAAUGCUAUGUGGUCCACCACCUAUGACAUCGACCAGAAGCACGGCACGAAGUACCAUGCGCGCUUCGUGGAGUUCAUGAAGAUGGCGCAGAGCAAAAAUCUGGUUCUGGGUGGCGCCAUGACGGACGUGAAGGGCACCUCGGUGUUCGUGGUUUUUCAAAUGACGGACCCAGACAUGUUCGUCCGCGUGGCGGAACGCAAGCCCGACGGCGGCGUGGUGCUGCGGGGCUGCAAGGCGCACCAGACUGGUAAUCUGAACUCCCACUGGAUGAUCAUCAUGCCCGGUGGGAAGAUGGAAAAGGCCGACAAGGACUACGCCAUCGCCUGUGCUGUGCCGGUGGACGCUCCCGGUCUCACCUACAUCUACGGUCGACAGAGCUGUGACCUUCGAGCCAUGGAGCCAGGAGACAUCGAUCAAGGAAACGCCAAGUUCGGUGGACAGGAAACUUUGACCUGCUUCGAGGAUGUCUAUGUCCCACCUGAGUACGUCUUCAUGGACGGCGAGGUGGACUUCACCCAGACCUUGGUGGAGCGUUUCACCGCGUACCACCGCCGUUCCUACGUCUGCAAGGCCGGGCUGGGCGACGUGAUGCUCGGUGCUGCCGCCACGGUGGCGGAGUACAACGGCGUGGCGAAGGCGUCACAUAUCAAGGACGUGGCGAAGGACAAGUUGGUGGAGAUCGCUUACCUCAACGAAAACAUCGCCGGCACCGCCAUGGCCUCGUCGUAUGGUGGCCAGGCCACACCCUCUGGGAACUUCCUGCCGGACGUGAUGAUGGCGAACAUUUGCCCCUUGACCAAGUGGCGAAACGUGCUUUUCGUCCAACAACUCGGCAAACACAAUGUGACCAAACUGCCUUAUGAGAUUGCGCGCUUGGCACAGGACCUGGCGGGCGGCAUCAUCGUGACCCUGCCGGCGGACAAGGAGUUCCGCAACGAGGUGGCGGCGCCGCUCUUGGAGAAGUACCUCAAGGGCAAACAGGGCGUCACCGUGGAAAAUCGCCGAAGGAUCCUGCGGCUCAUUGAGAACAUGACCAUGGGAAGGAACGCAGUGGGCUACCUCAGCGAGAGUCUGCACGGUGCCGGGUCACCCCAAGCGCAACGCGUCUUGAUCCAACGACUCUUUGACCUGGAGAUGAAGAAACGGCUUGCCAAGAACUUGGCUGGCAUUGUGGAGUGA